AUGUCCACUCCAUCAACGGCCACUGCAACCCAUCUUUCUCACCAGCGAUACGGAUACCCUCAUUCUUCAUACCAGGCGACAGCUGCCUACCCUCCUCCGACCACCACUGCAGGGGCUCGCCUGGCAAAUCCCUACACUUACUCCGUCCCCUCCCCAACAACCGCUCCCGCCAACACCACAGCCCUUCCCUACACUCAGUCGAGUCGAGUCGCUCCGGCGGCUUCGACUACCACGCCAUCCGGUAUGGCAUCUCACCAAAGUGGCUCCAGUGCCGCCCCGUCUCUAGGCGGGCGAAAGAAAAAGCCUGACUGGGGCGAGUUUUACAAGAAUGGCAUUCCCAAGGAGGUCAUCGUGAUUGAUGACAGCCCGGGACCUGAAGGCUCAAAAUCUGGCCCGGCUGCUGCUGCUGCUGCUCCCGCUCCCCCAAGCCACGCUGUGCCUCCCGGUCAGCCUGCAGUGCCCCAGCCGGCUGGCAAACGGCGACGCACAGGAAUCGAAACGGCCUAUGAUUUGGGCUACUACGACCGACCGUCAUUCUCAAUCAAUCCCCAACAGUAUGGUGAAGACUCGUCACAGUCUUUGUCUACCGACCGAACGACCUCUCUACACACCACAGCCCCUACAUCACUGGGCUCUCAAGGCAGCACAGGUGCUAGCAACGGUGUUUACUAUGAGGAUGCGGCGGUGGGCCAAAAGCGCAAGCGGACCACCCGGAAAUCAACCCGCGACGAGCAAAAGCGACGGGAACUGGAGAAUGUUGGCGACGCGUUCCUCAGCUAUGUACCACCCCCGCAUCCGAUUAUCAAGGCCAAGGAUGUGCCAGUACCUGUCGUUCGUGAUUACGCGGGUGCACGCCACGAAAAGUUCGACGAUGACGAUGGCCAUUAUCUGGUGACUCCUGACACGCCCUUGACGGAUCGAUACUCCAUCAUCAAGCUUCUUGGACAAGGUACUUUCGGUAAGGUAGUGGAGGCUUAUGACAAGCAGCGAAAAUCCCGAUGUGCUGUCAAGAUUAUUCGCUCCAUUCAGAAGUACCGAGAUGCCUCUCGCAUCGAAUUACGGGUCUUAUCAACUCUUUCCUCGAACGACAAAAGCAACCGAAAUAAAUGUAUUCACCUGCGGGAUUGUUUCGAUUUCCGGAAUCACAUUUGCAUUGUCACCGAUCUAUUAGGUCAAAGUGUUUUCGAUUUCCUCAAAGGCAACGGCUUCGUUCCUUUCCCCAGCAGUCAGAUCCAGCAUUUUGCACGUCAACUAUUUACAAGCGUCGCCUUUCUUCACGACCUCAACCUCAUUCAUACCGACCUCAAACCCGAAAACAUCCUCCUUGUCAGCAGCGCUUACCAAACCUUCACUUAUAACCGCACCAUCCCCUCAUCCUCCCACCUUAACCCCCGAAAUGCUCGACAGCGACGUGUCCUUCUCGAUAGCGAGAUCCGACUCAUCGAUUUUGGCUCUGCUACUUUUGAUGACGAAUACCAUUCUUCUGUUGUCUCAACUAGGCAUUAUCGGGCACCUGAAAUUAUACUCAAUCUCGGAUGGAGUUUCCCCUGUGAUAUUUGGAGUAUUGGAUGCAUCCUAGUGGAAUUCUUCACUGGUGAUGCCUUGUUUCAGACCCAUGACAACCUUGAGCACUUGGCCAUGAUGGAGGCUGUUAUCGGAUCCAAAAUUGAUGCGAAAUUAGUCCGCCAGGUCAUGCAAGGUCGUGCCGGCAACCAGAACUCCGCCGCGAAAUACUUUAACCGCACAAAACUGGAUUAUCCUAAUACUGAGACGACCCGGGCAUCCCGGAAGUAUGUGCGUGCAAUGAAGGCACUGGGCGAAUUCAUGCCUACCAACACUCCCUUCAAUCGUCAAUUCCUGGAUUUAUUACGCAAGAUCUUUAUCUACGACCCCAAGCAACGUAUUACCGCCAAGGAAGCCCUGAAACACCCCUGGUUCAAAGAGAGCCUUAUCGAUGAUGGCACCGAAGCAUACAGGAUUGGCGCAGGAUUGCAUCGUCAAGCUCGCUAG